CGGCGUCCCCCGGGGGGCGGAGGCGGCCUUCGCGCCGGCGCCGGCGCCCUGCGGAAGCGGCGUUAGUGAAUCGGGGCCUUGGGGAGCCCAGGAUGGAGGUGGCAGUCACGGCGGUGGCGGCGGCCGGCCGAGCCCUGCGGAGGGCGGGAGGAGGUGAGCGCCAGGCCCGCUGAGCCUCCGCAGGAGAGCCGCCAGCCAUGCCCGGGAUCGUGGUGUUCCGGCGGCGCUGGUCUGUGGGCAGCGAUGACCUCGUCCUGCCAGCCAUCUUCCUCUUCCUCCUGCACACCACCUGGUUUGUGAUCCUGUCCGUGGUGCUCUUCGGCCUGGUCUACAACCCCCACGAGGCCUGCUCCCUCAACCUGGUGGACCACGGCCGCGGCUACCUGGGCAUCUUGCUGAGCUGCAUGAUCGCCGAGAUGGCCAUCAUCUGGCUGAGCAUGCGCGGAGGCAUCCUCUACACGGAGCCCCGCGAAUCCAUGCAGUACGUGCUCUACGUGCGCCUGGCCAUCCUGGUGAUCGAGUUCAUCUACGCCAUCGUGGGCAUCGUCUGGCUCACUCAGUACUACACCUCCUGCAACGACCUCACCGCCAAGAACGUCACCCUUGGAAUGGUCGUCUGCAACUGGGUGGUCAUCCUCAGCGUCUGCAUCACCGUGCUCUGCGUCUUCGACCCCACGGGCCGCACCUUCGUCAAGCUGAGAGCCACCAAGAGGAGGCAGCGCAACCUGCGGACCUACAACCUACGGCACCGGCUGGAGGAGGGCCAGGCCACCAGCUGGUCGCGCCGGCUCAAAGUGUUCCUCUGCUGCACGCGGACCAAGGACUCGCAGUCAGACGCCUACUCAGAAAUCGCCUACCUCUUCGCCGAGUUUUUCCGAGACCUGGACAUUGUGCCGUCCGACAUCAUCGCCGGCCUGGUGCUGCUUCGGCAGCGACAGCGGGCCAAGCGCAAUGCCGUGCUGGACGAGGCCAACAACGACAUCUUGGCCUUCCUGUCUGGGAUGCCGGUGACCAGAAACACCAAGUACCUCGACCUCAAGAACUCGCAAGAGAUGCUGCGCUACAAGGAGGUCUGCUACUACAUGCUGUUCGCGCUGGCCGCCUAUGGCUGGCCCAUGUACCUGAUGCGGAAGCCCGCCUGUGGCCUCUGCCAGCUGGCGAGGUCCUGCUCGUGCUGCCUGUGCCCCGCGAGGCCGCGGUUCGCCCCCGGAGUCACCAUCGAGGAAGACAACUGCUGCGGCUGCAACGCCAUCGCCAUCCGGCGCCACUUCCUGGACGAGAACAUGACGGCGGUGGACAUCGUCUACACCUCCUGCCACGACGCGGUGUACGAGACCCCCUUCUAUGUGGCGGUGGACCAUGACAAGAAGAAGGUGGUGAUCAGCAUUCGGGGAACUCUGUCCCCCAAGGACGCCCUGACGGACCUGACCGGGGACGCUGAGCGCCUCCCCGUGGAGGGGCACCACGGCACCUGGCUGGGACACAAGGGGAUGGUCCUCUCGGCCGAGUACAUCAAGAAGAAGCUGGAGCAGGAGAUGGUCCUGUCCCAGGCCUUUGGGAGAGACCUGGGCCGCGGAACCAAGCACUACGGCCUGAUCGUGGUGGGCCACUCGCUGGGCGCAGGCACCGCCGCCAUCCUCUCCUUCCUGCUGCGCCCCCAGUACCCGACCCUCAAGUGCUUCGCCUACUCCCCCCCCGGGGGCCUGCUGAGCGAGGAUGCCAUGGAGUACUCCAAGGAGUUCGUGACAGCCGUGGUCCUGGGCAAAGACCUCGUUCCCAGGAUCGGCCUCUCCCAGCUGGAAGGCUUCCGCAGACAGCUCCUGGACGUCCUGCAGCGAAGCACCAAGCCCAAAUGGCGGAUCAUUGUGGGGGCCACUAAGUGCAUCCCCAAGUCGGAGCUGCCCGAGGAGGCGGAGGUGACCACCCUGGCCAGCACACGGCUCUGGACCCACCCCAGCGACCUGACCAUCGCCCUGUCGGCCAGCACCCCGCUUUACCCGCCGGGCCGCAUCAUCCACGUGGUCCACAACCACCCGGCGGAGCAGUGCUGCUGCUGCGAGCAGGAGGAGCCCACGUACUUCGCCAUCUGGGGCGACAACAAGGCCUUCAACGAGGUGAUCAUCUCCCCGGCCAUGCUGCACGAGCACCUCCCCUACGUGGUCAUGGAGGGGCUCAACAAGGUGCUGGAGAACUACAACAAGGGGAAGACGGCCCUGCUCUCUGCUGCGAAGGUCAUGGUGAGCCCCACCGAGGUGGACCUCACUCCUGAGCUCAUCUUUCAGCAGCAGCCGCUGCCCACGGGGCCCCCGGUGCCUGCCGGCCUCGCCCUGGAGCUGCCCCCCGCCGACCACCGGAACAGCAGCGUCCGGAGCAAGUCCCAGUCUGAGAUGAGCCUGGAGGGCUUCUCGGAGGGCCGGCUGCUGUCCCCGGUGGCCGCAGCCUCAGCGGCCCGCCAGGACCCCGUGGAGCUGCUGCUGCUGUCCACCCAGGAGCGGCUGGCGGCGGAGCUGCAGGCCCGGCGGGCGCCGCUGGCCACCAUGGAGAGCCUCUCGGACACGGAGUCGCUGUACAGCUUCGACUCGCGCCGGUCCUCGGGCUUCCGCAGCAUCCGAGGCUCGCCCAGCCUCCACGCCGUGCUGGAGCGCGACGAGGGCCACCUGUUCUACAUCGACCCCGCCAUCCCGGAGGAGAACCCCUCCCUGAGCUCCCGCACCGAGCUGCUGGCCGCGGACAGCCUGUCCAAGCACUCGCAGGACACCCAGCCCCUGGAGGCGGCCCUGGGCAGCGGGGGCGCCACCCCCGAGCGGCCCCCCAGCGUGGCGGCCAACGAGCAGGAGGAAGAGGGGGGUGGCGGGGCGGCCCCCCGCGGAGAGCUGGCACUGCACAACGGGCGCCUGGGGGACUCGCCCAGCCCUCAGGUGCUGGAGUUCGCGGAGUUCAUCGACAGCCUCUUCAACCUGGACAGCAAGAGCAGCUCCUUCCAGGACCUCUACUGCAUGGUGGUGCCCGAGAGCCCCACCAGCGACUACGCCGAGGGCCCCAAGUCCCCCAGCCAGCAGGAGAUCCUGCUCCGCGCCCAGUUCGAGCCCAACCUGGUGCCCAAGCCCCCGCGGCGCUUUGCCGGCUCGGCCGACCCCUCCUCCGGCAUCUCGCUGUCGCCCUCCUUCCCGCUCAGCUCCUCGGGCGAGCUCAUGGACCUGACGCCCACGAGCCUCAGCAGCCAGGAGUGCCUGGCGGUGGACAAGAUCCGAACUUCCACCCCCACUGGCCGCGGGGCCAGCCCCACCAAGCAGGACGACCUGGUCAUCUCGGCACGCUAGCACCCAGGGGCGGCUGCCGGCCAAGGCCGGGGACAGAGCAGGCGGCGCCUCAAGGCUCCAUCCAGGUGGCUGCCCCCAGGGCUGGGCAGCUUGGAGGAGAGGCCCCCUGGGGCCAGUUUAGCCUCAGGCAUGGGGCACUGCUGCUGAGCGGGGGUCCAUAUCCCUACCUCAGCUUAGGACCCCCAGAGCCAAGACAGCUGGGAUCUGGGCCCUCCAGACAGGGGAGGGGGGAGUGGGGAAGAGCCUGGGGCAGCCUGCCAGCCUGACCACCCCCCAGAGGCGUCCUGGCACCCUCUAUUCCGGUAUAGGCAGUGGGCACGCUGACGUCCCUUCGCUGCCCUCUGGCUGCUCUCCCAGGACCGAAAGGAAGAGCAGACCCCUCCCCACGUACUCUCCUCUGUGGUCCAGGCUGGCAUCUGUCCUGGCCACACCCCCCUCGCCGGAUCUGGUGCCUGCUGGCCAGCCCCUGGGGUGACCCCCCACCAAGGGGGCCUGCAGUGUUGUGUAUGUUUACAGAAGCUGCUGCGCUGGGCUCAGGACGUGCCCUGGGCUUGCAAGCCCCCCGCCCCCAGUCCCGUGGUCGGUAGCCCCUCUCUGGGCAGGGCAGGGGCUCGGAGAGCCUGGAGGAGGCUGGCACCAGGACCGCCCCCUCUCUGCUCGGUGUUCCUCACGUCGACCCCCCUGUCGGUGGGUGCUGGGCACCUGCCCAUACCUCCUGGCUCGUCUUCCCCCCUGGGGAUCCUGGUCCCUCAAAGGACAGAGGGCACAGGUGUGACCACCCCUGGCUGCAGAGUGGGUGCCCUGGGACGGAGGACGCCCAAAUGCCUCUUCCUUCGAGGGCCCUGGGUCACCCCUUCACACCACCUCCGCCCACACCUGGGCAGCCCCAGGCCCUGGGCUCUGAAACCAAACACACCUCCACUCCCUCAGUCCCCUCCUCCUUGGCCUGGGCUCUCCCCUAGGCUUUUCCUCCUUCCAGUCCCCAGUGUUUUCUCGACGGGAAGCGGGGCCAAGAGAGGGACACUGUGGCACCCGGCUGGCGAUCCCAUGCUCACUGCGGGGGGUGGGGGUGCAGGAGCGUCGGGGGCUCUAGGGCCGGCCCGGCCUGGCCUGGGGCCUCCACAGCCCGAACGUGAGGGGUCCUCUCCCUGUCAGGUUUGGGGGGGAAGCAGUGGGGAGGUGGAGGCCAGGCCUCCGCCCGGGGAGCCGAGGGGGGAGGUCGUGCAUGCUCGCGUGGGGCGUGUGUGUGCAUGUGCAUGGGUGCACACCGCUCCUGAGGAAGGGGCUGCCGGGGCGCCCACCCGGCUGGCCUGCCUGCGUCCCCCUCCCCAGCCUGACGAGAACAUAGCCAAUGACCGCGAUGUGGCCCCGGGGGCCACAGGGCGAGCUCAGCUGAGGACGUCACCUGUUCUCGCCUCACCUGUGCUCUGACCCCCGUUCUGGAAAACGUGUGCCGAGGCGUUGACCGUCCGCUUGUGCCUUCGUCUCCUCGGAGGCAAGCUCUCCCCACUCCGGCCCUGCCCACGGCCUCCCCGGGGCAGCCAGGCUCCCCUGGCCCAGACCCCCGUCUCACGAUCACUGGCACCUGUGGCCUACACCCCCACCCCGACCCCACGCACAGCGGGGACCCCCGCCCACCCUGACAGCUGGGCACAGAGGCCCGGGAGCUGGGCUCCCUCGCUCUGUGACUCGCACACCCCACCAGGCUCCAGACCCCGCCCCUGCCCGGGGCCCUGCUGCUGGCUUAGCCGGGGCCCCAGCUCGGAACCAAUCAGUGGCUCUUAGAGUUUAAAAAAGACAAAUCACAAAUCAGUAACGUUCCAACAAGCAGCCCACCGGUAGCAGGGAGACUUUCGGCCUAGCCUUUUAAUUCCUCCCCUGCCAAGGUGGGCUAGAGACCUCUAAGGGGGCGUGGCGCCCACCUGUGCCCAGGACCGAGCCAUCAGGGACAGACUCCCCAGCCCAAGGCCGUAGCCACCCAGGGUUACAGGCUUGGGGCCGGGGCAGACUUGGACUCUGUCCUGGAUGCCCCAGGGUCAGCCCCCCCCCCCACCUGCUCCCCCCCAAGGGUGGGCCUGCUGCAUGCCUCUCCCCUCCUCCCGCCUCACACUUGGGGGGUCUGAGCCACCUCCCUCCUCCCAGCUCGGCUCAGCCGGACCCCCACCCCCGUCCCGCAGACCUGCAACCCAGGCUCUCCCGGCAGGGCCUGGGCGGCCUCCAUAUGCAACCGACAGUGAGCAGCCGGCCCCACAGACGCCCGAGCACUCCGCGUGCCAUCCCCCCACGACGUUUUGUACUUAAUGUAUGAAAGAUCCAAACUAAUAUUGCUGUAAAAAGGAGAGACAAAUUAAUAUAGCUUAUUCUAUAAAUAUAUCUGUAUAUAGAGGUUUCUGUAUAUUGUAUAGAGCUGUGUAUAAACUGGAUGUAGAAGCA